AGGUUUCAUUAUAAAGAGUGCAGUUAUGACAUCACCAAAGAAAGCUCCUGAUCCAACGUAUUUGCUUCGUGUUUUGUCUAUAAUCAAUAAAAUGAGGAAUCACAAACAGCGAGCAAGUAUUGAGCGAAUUGUUUACUACAUGGGACUAUACUAUGGGUUGUCAGAGUCUGAUGUUACAAAGGAACUUAAUCUUGCUGUCAAUCAUGGAGUAAUUAAAAAGUUUAUAGGCAUAGGAGGUAAAGAGUCUUACAGGGAUUCAAAAUAUCCUAAUCAGAUCCCAUCUAGAACAUUUGUGAGAAAACCUAGUGCAGAUCUGAGGAUGUUGGUUGCUGCUGCCAUUGAAACCAUCGGCAGCCCAUCUGGUUCCAAGAUUUCAGCCAUAGAAGAACAUAUAAGGUCAAAUCAUGCUCUGGACUUAUCUCUGGCAAACUUAACAGCUCAGUUAAGACUAGCUGUUGCUCAUGGUGUUCAAGAAAGCUUGUUCAUAAAAAGUGGCGCAUAUAUAAACAUUGAUGUUCAGCGACUAGAGGAGCUGAGACAGAAGGACAAUCAAUCAUAUUUUGCUGAGGGUGUAGAGCCCUCACCUGUUUGUGGAUUUUGCCUGGGAACAACUGAAUCUAAUAAGGAAAAACACCCAGAGCAAUUACUAAGCUGUGUUGAUUGUGGGAACAGUGGCCAUCCUUCAUGCUUAAAAUUUUCAGAGGAACUCACACGUCAAUGUAUGUCUGAUCCUUGGCAGUGUAUCGAAUGCAAAGUUUGUUCUUUUUGUCAACAUUCAGGAGAUGCAGAUAACUUAUUAUUUUGUGACUCUUGUGACAAAGGUUUUCAUAUGGAUUGCUUGCAGCCACCUAUGAGUGAGAUGCCAACUGGAUUUUGGAUGUGCUGUUUGUGCAAUAAGGCCACAGAUUCUCAUGGGAAGUCUAUUAGAAAACGCAAGAAGACCAUGGCCCCUUUAGCAGCUAAAGAAAAGGUUGUUCCUUUGGCUGCUAAAGAAAAGGUUGUUCCUUUGGCUGCUAAAGAAAAGGCUGUUCCUUUGGCUGCUAAAGAAAAGUUUGUUCCUUUGACUGCUAAAGAAAAAGUGAAGUCCAAAUCUGACAAAGUAGUCCUAGAAGAAACUCCAACUGGAAAGAAAAAGAAAUGUCCAAAAUUUACUCCACGAAAAGAAGAGGAAUAUGCAGCAUCUGACCCGAUGUCAGAUGUUAAGCUCAUUCAAGGUAUCAUGAAGGCAGAGGAAAAGAAAAAGAAAGUGAAACACAAACGCAACAAAGUUCUAAAUGACAAAAAUGAACCAGAGGCCACAAUAAUCGAGGAAGAUGUUCCAAAAAACCAGCAGAAGAAGAGGGAGACAGAAGUGAGUGAGUUGGACAAGAAAACAUUCGGUGAGAUUAUCCAGAAAUGCAAUAAAGCUUUGAAAAUAUCUCCUGUCGAAACUGCUGGUCAGCGAUCACCACAAUUCAUUGAUUUUGGAGAAUAUGAAAUUGAGACAUGGUAUAGUUCACCUCUUCCUUUUGAAUACUCCAAGCUGUCAAAACUUUAUUUCUGUGAAUAUUGCCUAAAAUACAUGAAGAGCAAGGAGGCCACUCUUCGGCACCAAUCAAAAUGCUUUCUGCGGCAGCCUCCUGCUAAUGAAAUCUACCGUCAUGAAAACAUUUCUCUGUUUGAAGUUGACGGGGCUAAAAACAAACUUUACUGCCGUAACUUAUGCUUACUGGCAAAGAUGUUUCUGGAUCACAAAACUUUAUAUUACGAUGUGGAACCAUUCUUAUUCUAUGUUUUGACACUGAAUGAUGAUUAUGGAUCACAUUUAGUGGGAUACUUUUCGAAAGAGAAGAAUUGUGUUAGAAAUUACAAUUUGUCAUGCAUCAUGACAUUACCACAUACUCAGCGUCAGGGGUAUGGAAAACUUCUGAUUGACUUCAGUUAUGUUCUGUCAAAACUAGAAGGGAAACCUGGAACACCUGAAAAACCUUUAUCAGAUUUGGGCUUGAUAAGCUAUCGCUCAUACUGGCGAUGCAAAGUUUUGACGUACAUCAAGCCACAUAUCAACGACAAUGUUAUAAUCACAGAUAUUUCGAAAUCAACUGGUAUCUUGUUUGAGGAUCUCGUAUUAGCUCUUCAUGAUCUCGAAAUUUUGGACUAUGAUGACAAAAGCAACGACUUCUGCAUCGAAGUUGAUGGGCAAUUGCUUAAAAAACAGAUUGAUCGUGCAUCAAAUUCAAAACGUCAUGUUAUCAAUGAAGAUGCGCUGAUCUGGUCUCCAAUGGUCAGUCCAACAUUUGGUAUAUCAUCACAGCGUAGGAAGAAGAGCACAGAAAGCUCUAUGACUUCUCCUCGAAGAGGAGGAAUGUUACUUUCUCCAAUGAAAGUCGUUAAAAAUGUUGACAAGAUUGAUCCUCUGUCUGAAGUAAUCAAAGUGGAACCUCGUCCCAUUGAUACUUUCACUAAAUAUUACCCAAACUGGAUUCCCUCUGGAGAAGAUGCGGAUGAAUAUCGUUACGCUGGAGAGGAAAUGAAAGGUGAAAUAGAAUCUUUUGUCAUGAAGAAAACGCCAGGGAGGAAAAAGAGGGUUAAGUUUGCUGUUAUUUAUAACCCAAAAUCUGGAAAGAGGGUAACAAAAGCCAUACCUCAGAAAAAGAAAACCCCAGAACGUCAAACUCCGAGACGAAGCUCUUCUAGAAGGCUGCACGAUCAGACCAGGACUGAAACAGUUGAACAGCCCAAAAUCUUAGAGGAAUGUUUAGAGGUUGAAAAUUCCGAAAGCCCUGCAAUUUCUUACAAUGAAGUAUCGUCUUCUUCAGACAUCAAAGAGGUCGCAUCAGAAGUGAAACCAUCCGUUGAUUCAGACUGUGAGGUUCCACAUUCAACUACAGAGGAUACUAUGCCAUCUGAAGAUCUAGAAUCGACUCCUCCAGAUACUGUAAUAACUCCAAGCGAAACAGCAGACACCUCAAGUACUUCAUCAGACAGCGGAACAAAAAGUCCUGAGUCUGUAUCUUCCGAGGUAAAGAAGCGGCUGUAUUCCAGUGAGAGUGAGUCCAACUAUUUUCCUCCGAACAAAAAAACCAAACUUGAGACCGCCUUUGUUUAUACAGAUAGUGAUAGUGAUGACGAAAAUGACAAGCAACCAGUUGAAGAGCAGUUUGAAGAGUGGGAGGAAGAUGUGACAAGUCUGUGUGGCGAGACAGAGGAAGAGGAGUCAUCUUCCCUCUUUCUCAACACCUUUAGCAACAUCUAUGUGAAAUCACCUGACUGUUUAAAACCCUCUGAUUCUGCUGUACUGUCUUCGAAAGACUCGUGAUAUUAGAGACUGAUAUUGACAGAUCCUUUUUGUCUUGUUUUUCAGCUUGCUCGAAAUUCAAAGUAUGAUAUUUAUGUUUUUAUUAAAUUAUUGCUUUCUCAUGAUUGACACAAAUGAUUUUUAUAAAUUGUGUUAAGGUUAUUCAGUUAGUUUUGUAAGCAUCCUUUUUUUCUUUGUCAAAGUGUUUAAACAUAUAAUUCUAUCUAUUCAAUUCCCUGUAAAUUUGAAAAAUUAACCCAUUUUCUAACGCAGGAAUAGCUGCAAUAGCUGACACUCAGUUCAGUGUAAGGAAUUAGCUUUCUUUUUAUUUUUCUUCGACUUUUGAAUAUGAUCAGUGAAAAUGAUGGUUGUUUAUAAAAGUCACGUUUAUCAGCAUUUUUAAAUCAUGCACUUUGUUUUUACAUGAAGUUUUGAAAUGAACAUCGAACAAAACCAAUUCCACGGCAUUCUGCCUUUAAUUAGAUCAUACAAUUAUCGUUUUGUUUAAAAAAUGAUGGUAUUUUCCAAUGAUAUAUUAGAUUCCUGAACCACGAUAUUUUACAUGAAAAUGCUUGGAAAUGAAUUGAUAAAGAACAUUAUGUUUCAUCUGAAGAUUUCUAAUAUUUUGCAAUCUAAUUUAGUGUAGAAUUUUUCGAUUUUAUUAUUUGUGAGUCCCAUAUAUUGAUCAUAGACAUUCUAGUAAUUUAUAGAAAACAAUUUAAAUUAUAUUUGAA